ACAUAAUACAUUUAGAUAUUUAAUUAUGCGAGAGUGUCAUUACAUACACCGUCGUUUGUUGACAUUUGGGUUCUACAAAACUACGUGCCGUUUUCUUAGAAGAAUGUGUCACGUAGUUCCAGUUUUCUUGGAAUUUUGGAAACGAAUCCACAUCUGCUGGCCAAUGAGAAACGCCAUGUCAUAUCUCCUAUCUAAUGAUACAGGUUCACUCAUAGAUUCUGUAAUUUCCUAACUUCUAAAUCAUUUACAAGUUUGUAUGUGAUAUAAUCAUAUAUAUAAUGAUUGCGAGAGAUUUCUAGCAUGUUAUAAAUUUAAGUAGUUGACCAAAUGAAUAUGAAAAAUAAGGCAUGGAGUAUAAAAUUCAACUUUUACAUAAUUAGCUUAAAUUACACAGUUUUUUAAUUUAUACGUCGACAUUUGUGCAAAAAUCGCUAAUUUUUAUAUUCUUUUAAUUUUAUGGAAUGUUUGAAUGUUUGAAUGGAAGUUUUUGAUAGAGAUCUUACUUUUUUUUAUCCACUCGACCUAACAUUGGAGUCACACCGACCCUACCGUAGUUCUAGAGAUCGAGACAGUUGCUGUACUUUGAAGUCCAUAAUUGAACAUGGAAGUCUUUCUUCUCAGGAGAAGAGUGAGAAGGACUCAACAGCUAAACACAAGGAGGAGAAGGGUGAGAAGGAGAGUUCUUUUAAACGGCUUCCAAGUUGUUUUCAAGAGGAUCCAGAUGGUGAAGAGGAAGAGAAAUCAGCUGAAACUCAGGUUCUUAAAGCCAGGGUGAUAAGAAACUACAUGUAAGCUUGCAAGUUUACAGUUGUAUAAAAGAGAUAAGUGAACAUUUGAUUCAUCUAUUUUUUACUGUUACAAAAAUUCUCUUUUGUCCAUGUUUUGAAUAUUACUUUAAACAAAGUUGAUUCGGUAUGUUAUGAAUAGAAAAAC